UUUCUACAAUUCAUCUGACAGUAAAAUUUGCUUUGCAUUUUAUAAUUUUAUCAAUAGAAUCUUUAUUGUUGCAAUUCCUUCUUCUAUCUAAAUACACCACAUCAAUUCUGUAAUCAUGUCGAACAGAGGAGCUUUGUUUGGCAGUUCUGCCACAGGACCAGGGUCCACUGGUGGAAACAAGCAUCUUGUUGAGAUGAGAGCUGGCAAGAUGAAUUUGAAGGGUCAUACUGUCUAUCCAGAUAAAAGAAAGGGUCUUCUGUAUGUUUACCAGAGUGAUGAUUCUUUGAUGCAUUUUUGCUGGCAAGACCGCACAACAGGAGUUGUUGAAGAUGAUUUGAUAAUUUUCCCUGAUGAUUGUGAAUAUGUCAAAGUGCCUCAAUGCACCACCGGAAGAGUGUACCUUUUGAAGUUCAAGUCAUCCAACCGUAGAUUCUUCUUUUGGUUGCAGGAACCGCGCGCUGAUAAAGAUGAGGAUAACUGCAAGCGUAUUAAUGAAUAUUUGAAUAAUCCUGCUGGAUCUGUGCAAACAAAUAAUGCAGCAGAUCAAGACUUGCAAUCACUCUUGAAUAACAUGUCUCAAUCUCAAUUGAUGCAGUUAUUGGGUGGAGGCCAAAUGGGUGGACUUUCUAGCCUUUUAGGAACUAUUAGUCGUCCAUCAACUGGAGGCAGCGCUCGUACGUCUUCUACAACAAAUCCACCAGUAAUUACACAUCACACAGAGCCAAAAACACCGACGACAACUAGUACAAAUUCUGGUAAUUUCAAUACCCCUCAGAAUGCUCCGAUUCCGGCCGUCACUCCUAGUGCCCCCAAGGUGACAGCACCCAAAGGAAGUAACUCAGAUGUGACUCCAAUCCAAUUGGCUGAUUUGCAAAAUUAUCUGCAAGGUAUUUCACCAGCUGGUACCACUCAACCAGAUCAGUCUGUUGAUUUAGCUACAGCUUUAAACAGCGAUGCGUUGAGUCCCAUUAUGAGCAACGCUGAGGCACUGGAGCAACUUCAGAACCAUCUACCUGCAAUCGAUGGGAACACCCAAGAACAACUUCGCUCCACUCUGCAAUCACCGCAAUUCCAACAGGCCGUUUCCCAGUUCUCCAGCGCUCUUGAAUCCGGCCAGUUAGGACCGGUUGUUUCGCAGCUCGUCGCAAAUCCCGAGGCCGUCGCUGCUGCUAACCAAGGCAACAUGCAGGAGUUUGUCAAGGCUUUGGAAAAGUGCAAGGAUAGCGGAUCAAGUGCCAAGGGUACCUCCGAUAAGGACAACAAAGAUAAAGGAAAGAAAGAUGAUAAGAAGGAUGAUGAUGAUGAUGGAAUGCAGUUAGAUUAGGUUAAAGUGAAACUAACAAUAUCCAUAAUCCACCAUUUAAUCUGCAGUAGGCAAAUAAUAUGGAAUAUAGGACUACAUUUGCUUUAUUUUUAUUGAUUUAUAUGCAAAGACUAUUUUUUACUGGUUUUCUUUUUCGUGGCUUUGGUAAUUUUGCCUUCAUCCACCCUUGUAUUUGGUUUGAACUUCUUUAGAUCAGCGCAAAAUAAUACCUGCAAAUAAAUGCGGGAUCAGUAUCGACAAUUAUAGUUUUUUUUAAUACAUUCUAAUUUAUUUACUGUAUGUGCCCAACCGGCCAGAGGACCAUAUAAAUUUCUGAAAUGUUCUCCAAUUUGUUUAUACAUCUUAUCAGUUAGGGCCUUCUGCUGCUUCAAUUGUGGCAUGUAAUCUCUUACAGCUAUUUGGUAAACAUGGGUAUCCACUGGAAUUGCUUGUAAAUGUCCCAAAGACAUUAAACAAAUGCAGUCUGCUACCUUGUGAAAAUUUAUAUAUUACAAUUGGUGAAUAAAAUAUAAAUAUGCGCUC